GCCAUGCUGGGGCUAAACCACACCCCCGUGUCUGAAUUCAUCCUCAUCGGCUUCUCCCCCUUCCCUCACCUUCAGCUGAUGUUCUUCCUGCUGUUCCUGCUGAUGUACAUGUUCCCGCUGCUGGGGAACCUGCUCAUCAUGGCCACCAUCUGGAGAGAGCGCAGCCUCCAAACGCCCAGGUACCUCUUCCUGUGUGCUCUCUCCAUCCCCGAGACCCUCUAAACCUUCACCGUCAUCCCCCGCAUGCUGGCUGACCUGCUCUCCACCCACCACUCCAUCACCCUCACAGCCUGUGCCAGCCAGAUGUUCUUCUCCUUCACAUUUGGGUUCACCCGCUCCUUCCUGCUUACCGUCGUGGGCUACGACUGCUACAUGGCCAUCUGCCACACCCUGUGCUGCAAAGUGCUCAUGAGCCCUGGUAGCUGUGCCUGCCUGGUGGCCUGGUCCUGGGCUGGUGGCUCAGUCACGGGGCUGGUGGUGACAACAGCCAUUUUCCACCUCAACUUCUGUGGACCCAAUAAGGUCCACCAUUUCUUCUGCCAUGUGCUGCCUCUCCUGAAGUUGGCCUGUGGAACUGAUGUACCAGGGGUGGCCAAGGGCCUGCUGGGCUGCUGUCUCCUCAUCCUCCUCUCCUACGCCUUCAUCGUGGACGCCAUCUUGAGGAUCCCGUCAGCUGAAGGUCGGCACAAAGCCUUCUCCAUGUGUGCGUCCCUCCUCACCGUGGGAAUCGUGCACUACGGCUUCGCCUCUGUCAUCUACCUCAAGCCCAAGGGUCCCCAGUCUCUAGAAGGAGACAGCCUGAUGGGCAUCACCUACACAGUCCUCACACCCUGCCUCAGCCCCAUCAUCUUCAGCCUCAGGAACAAGGAGCUGAACAACACCAUGAGGAAUACCUUCCUCAGCAAGCUCUUUCUCCAAAGCUCCUGA